UAUUCGUCGUGCUUUCGCUUGUACUGGCACACUCGUGUUUUCUUCCUUGAUUCGUAGUUUACAAACCAACCACUCGCGUGUCUGAGAGAUUCUGCCAAAUGGAUUUUCUUGAAGGCGGUUGCUUGAGUGGAUAUCUUAUCGAAAUCGUUGUAUAGUUCGCGAAACAGCAUAGCCAUAUUAGGCUACAAAACCGUGAGCUAACAGUCUUUUUGUAAAAACAGGGAUGUAGGCAGAGCGUGACAGUAAAAUGGUAGCUAACGUUAAUACGCUGGCCAGUUAACUCAGCUAACCGACUGCUUUGGCUAAACAACUCGAUAGAAACUACAAUGUUCUUGGAGGACUUAACAUUAGGUUGUUGAUACGGGGGAAAUCGUGACUGUUGCUAAAGGAGAAUACUUUUCAGCUGAGCCGAAAAUGGAGCUGUACUGGUACAUAAUUGUGAUAAUAUUCAUCAUCAUAAAGAUUUUCUUCUACAUCUGUUGGUACCGCUCACGGCAGCGGCAGCUUGCUGCGUACCUCAGUAACCCACGCAAUGCCCAGAUUGUCAUUGUCGGAGGCCGGGCUUACCUGCACCAGAUGUGCGAGAGACAAAACACGUCAAUCUGGCCCAGCUGGUACGGCAUCCAGGAUGACAGCUCUGUCGGCGAGCCCUCUGCAUCCCUCCCGCCCGCGCCCUCGUACACUCAUCUGGACGUGCCUCCUCCGUACGAAGCCGUCUCGGGAUAUGACCUGAAGCCUCCCCCCUACAGUGAAUAUGCCCAGGGCGGGGCCGCGGAGGACACCGUGGCCAUCCCCAUCUUAGAGGGCUGUGACUCCUGCAGUCUGAGCGACGCUCCCCCUCCCUACACUCCCUGCCCUCUGGCCACCGGGGAGCAGCAGGAGGAGCCUGCUGUUCUGCCCCCGAGGCCAGAGGAGGGCCCCUCUGGCACAGGGUCGUGUAGCUGAGGUGAUGGGCGCGAUGUUCUACCCUCAUUAUUGUUGCAGAGAUCAGCAGACCAGACGGCACGUACUCACCAAGCGCCCUGACCUUCUCACUAUCUUGUUUAUAGGACAUAAUGAGGACAAUUUCAGCUAGUGCCAUUGAAAAAGUUAGAUAAAGAAUUUUAUCAUAUAAAGACUUUGUUGCAAAGGGAACAGUUAUUCGGGAAAAUGUUUUGACAAGUUGGUCCUGUAACUUAAACAUAAAAUAUUGUGGCCCGUUGAGAGUGCUACUUUUCAUCAACUUUACACCCCCCCAAAACCCAUGUAGAAACAUUGUUAUAUGUGAUUACAGGAAUUUAAUGUGAAUAUUGAGUACUCUGACCACUAACUCCUUUUAGACAAAUACUGUGGUGUAUGUUGUUGGGAAAAUUUAAAAACAUACACUCAGUGAUCACUUUAUUCGGUGGACCUGUACAUCACCUUGUUAAUGCAAAUAUUUACUCAACUAAAUGCAUAAAAACAUGCAGAUAUGCCAAGAGGUUCAGCUGUUUUUCAGACCGAAUGUCAGAAUGGGGAAGAGAUGUGAUCUAAGUGACUUUGACCAUGGAAUGAUUGUUGAUGCCAAACAGAUUGGUUUGAGUAUCUCAAACUGCUGAUCUCCUGGGGUUUUCGCACACAACAGUCUCUAGAGUUUGCAAAGAAUGAUGCAAAAAAACAAAAGACAUCCGGUGAGAAGCAGUUCUGCAGGCAGAAACGUGUUGUUAAUGAGAGAGGUCGGAGGAGAAGGGCCAGACUGGAUGAAGCUGACAGGAAGGUGACAAUAAUGCAAAUAACCACUCAUUACAACAGUGGUAUGCAGAAGAGCAUCUCUGAACACACAACAUCUCAAGCCUCUAGUGGACAGGCUACAGCAGCAGAAGACCAAUAUGUCAAAACAAUAAGUCCUAAUACCUAAUGAAGUGCUCAGUGAGAAUAUAUUUUGGCAGUGCUGUGAUCACUAGGAAAUUAGUAGUACGGUCAACAUGGUGGUAAGGUGUAGUACUUUAGAAUAAGUGCAUACCUUCAGAGUCACUAACAUGUUUUCAGUUGGUAACAUGCAAAAAGCUUUCAUGGAUACAUAAGUUGUCUUAACAAAAAAUGCACUAAUUACUGUGUACAAGGCUUAAUGUUCCCAGGAUUUAAUAUGCAAUUAUACACAGGGAUAUGUGUUAUGUUCCUCUUUAAUUGUUGAAGUGCAAGUAGAAAAUGUAAGUACCCUGGUCGUGUGGAGUGCAUACUUGUGUGGUACAUGCCUAUUUACAGAUUACAUUUUGAGGUUUACUGUACAAAGCCAUGUCUCUGCUAGUAAUUAAUGCACUGUGUAAAAUACAAAUGGUCAGAACUAAUGGAAAGUUCUUGUGGUAGCAGUGCUUGUGUAUCUUUCCACAUCUGGUUAUUAGUACCUGUGAAGAAGCCUUAAGUAAUACCUUGUGCAUUUUUCCUUGUUCACCUUUUGAACUUGGAUUUUACUUCUAUAUACAAAGCAUAAGAGACAAGUCAGUGAUAUUGAACAAUGUCAUGUCCUGUCAGUACUGUAUUUAGUAUGAGGGGAUGGUUAAACAUUUAUCAGUUCUAUACAGAGUGAUAUCAUACGCUUAUUUGUAAGGGAAUUUUGUAAUCUGUCCUGUAACGCCAUUUGUUUUGAAAUGUUAAAACGGGACACAUUGUCUUAUGAAGGCAAAACAUUCCCAAGCUGAUAAUGUAGCUGGCUUGUGAUACGUCAAUUUUAAGAUAUUCAAACAGUCUGUAAAAAAUUCUGAAGAUUGUGAAGAGGGUGUUUUUUAUGUCGUGUAAAACAUUACUUUCGGUUUUGGCAAAUACUCUUGAAUGAUGCCGAGACGUGCUGAUGAGUUAAUGUGCUAAUGCCAGCGUAAUUGUAUAUUCAAUUUCCCAGUCAAAUUAUGCAAAUUAUUCUUAUUUUUUUAACUGAAAUAAUACUCUGUUUUAUAUUUCUGUACCUGAAUAAACAGUUGAAGAUGUUUCAUAUUAAAUGUAAUGUAAAUUUGUUUGGAAGAAUAGCAAUGACUUCUUUCUAAAAUAAUGGUUGUGAUUUAGUGAAUCUCACAUAACCUCACCUAGUAUGCCAUGAAGGAUUUGGCUAAGUUGACAGUUCAACCUUUAUUGGGUGUCUCUUCAUUUAUAAAUGUACAUUGUUUGCUAAUCCAGUGUAUAAUUCAAUUGUACAAUUUGUAUAAAGUGUUGUCUACCUUGUAAAAACAAGAAUGGAUGUUGUUUUAUUGCAA